UGCCGCUCCAACUUGAUUUAUUAAAAAAGUUGUCUAGUGAACGUGGAAGAAGAAACGUAUUUCAGAUGGCAGGUGUUAAAGCAAAGUCGAUCUGCCGCACUGGGACUCUAACUCGAAGUCGAUCAGAAGGGACUCUGAUAGACCUAGAUGACAACAUAACCAUCAACAACAACAGCUUGCAUGGGAGCUACAUGUCUCAACAGAUGGGCAAACAUUCUGAGUUGUCUGUCCUGCAUCCAGAAGUCCAACACCCAGCACAAACAAAUCCCUUCUGGAACCAACUCUCGAGGUCAAACCCUUUCCUUGAUGACAUUGUUUGUAGACCUCCCACAGAUUUGGGUGUGUCUAUACUGAAGGAGGAUCCCUCAGGUUUGUUUGGUAACAAUAUUGAAGAUUCUGAAAGCAUAUCCUCAGAUGAGAACAAUUUUGGCCAUACUCUGGAAGUUAGGAAAAAUAACUUUAAUCGAUCUGGGUGGUGGAGGAGUGCUUCAGACAUUCUUGAGAAUAUUGAGAAACAGGAAUCCAAAAGGGGUAAGGGUCCUAAUGCUCAAAGUCCAUUCUUGAAACCUGAUUUUGAGUGGUUGAAAAAUGACAGGGAGGCAUACAAAAUGGCAUGGCUGAGCCAUAGGCAGUUGACUAGGUCAUGUUUAGACCUCGGCCUAAUGAAGCAAAGUCCAGGAUGGGCCCAGACUCAAGCUGCAGACACACACAUUGUCUGCAAGAUUGAUCACAACGGAGGCUCGGUGAAGUUGCCAGACUCUGAUAUAUGUGCUCAUAUUCCCCAAGGACAUGUUCUCUCAGGGGAUAUCCAGGAAAUUUCUCUCAAAUCUAGCCUUGAUCCACCACGUGGACUUAACAGUAACUACAUGGCAACCAUAAGCCCUCUUUUAGAAGUCGGUGUCAGUAACCUAAAUGCUAUGGGAAGCAUCUCACUUGACAUUAAAAUGGCAGCCGAAGUUAAAAAAGACCCCUUAAGUCAAGUUAUGACAACGUUUGUAGGUCUGAUUGCACACAGGAGAGAAGGACCUUAUGAAAAGGUCAAGGACUGUUACAUAUAUAAAAAUAUGUUACAAAUGAAGCUCCAGGAGCUAAAGCCUCAUAUGUACAUUAUUGCAGUUGCUGAGGCUAUGGUCAUCCAGGCACCAGCAACCUCAGUAUGGGACUACUUGGACCAUCAGAUCACUGUUGCCAUUUAUGGCCCCAAGCACAUUCAUCCAUCUUUCAAAGUUGUGCAGGUCAUUUCUUGCCAUGAUAACAUUCCACUCAGGCUUCCUUUCUCUGAUAUCCACAAGGGUAACAGAAACCUCCCCCCUGUUGUGCUGCAUCUGUGGGGAAGGCAUCAGUUUAACCCAUAUGAUCUGAAGGAUUUGCACAUUGUGACCAACAUAGUGGAAUCAAACUUUGAAGUAAAAUCUGAGGAUAGGAACAAGGAGGUCAAAAAUGAACAGCUCAAAAUGGGUAGAGUAAUCCACCUGCCAUUGGAACUAUCCAGGGCAGGUGGUGAAGAUAUGGGACCUUUCAAACUUGCCAUCCAGGUGAAGGACUCAAAUGACCUCCAUUUGACAGACUUCUACAUCUCUUCCCCUGAGACUGCUCCUUUGCGAACUGACAAACAUGGACAGAAACAUCCAGAUCAUCAUAAAGAUGUUACGUGUUCUCUGUCCAUUCCAGAAGACUCUGUCCCAGAGGUCCGGAAGUUUCAAGAUACAGCAGUGAACCUACAGUGGUAUGGCAUAGCACUGAAAUCGGUCAUCAGACAGCCAAAGGUAGACUAUCUUCUAGAGUACUUCAAAGGUGACACAAUUGCUCUGAUCUCUCGAGAGUCCAUUAAAUCAGUUGGACAGUCUAAAGUGAAGCAGUGGUAUAUUUGCUAUCUCAGGGAUAGAAUUGGUCUGGUUCACUGCAGAAACAUUAAGGUCAUUCCAAAGGAACAAGUAAUCGACUUCACUGGCGUUAAAGUCACAACACAGGCCCUGUUGGACCAUAUGACCUCGCCUUUCAAGAAGCUCACAUACAUGUACUCUGCUAUUCAGACCCUAGUCACAGAUCACAUAACAUGUUGGAGGACUUUUGCAGAGGCUCUUGGUUACCCAAACCUCCCAAUAGACACUUUCUCCAGAAGACAUGCUGAGACAGAAGCAGAAAAGGUAGCCUGUGUACUUGAGAAGCUGAAGGAAGACUGCCACACAGAUAAAAAUAUCAGAAAAUUCCAACAUGAACUCAUUAUCGGACUGUUUAAAAUGGAUGCUCAGGGCCUUGUAGUCCUUUUAAUCCAGAACACAGUCAUUUUGUCCACCGCUGUUGAGAUUGGCAUACGAUGGAGAGAACUGGCUGAAAAGAUUGGGAGACUUUCCCUUUCUGAGAUCGCUGGUUAUGAGGCACCGCACAGGGGGAAGAGUGGAGAAGUCAAUGUCCAGUCAAUGUGGAAACCUGCAUAUGACUUCCUGUAUUCAUGGAGUAUGCAGUAUGGUGAUGGCUAUAGAGACAUGAUCCAGGAUCUCCACCUGGCCCUGGACAAGAUGAAGAGCCCAGUGACCAAGCACUGGAGACUGAUCACUGGGGCCCUCAUCACAGUGAAUUGCAUGGAGAUUCUAAGGGCCUCUGCCUUCUCUAAACAAGCAUAGGGGCCACAAAGCAGCUGGAACUGAGCUUGGUGUAAGGCUGUUCUGCUGUGCCCUUUUAUGUGCGCAUUGAAUGGCAUUUGCUGGCAUGCAUGAAGCUCAGCAACAGAUAUUGUUUUGUAGUUUUUAUUUGGCCUGUCUUGAUGAUAUACAGGACUAUCUAGUUCUGAUUGGCUUAUGAAAGCUUGGUAGCACAUGCGGGUAGCUUCCGAAGCCAAAAGGACGCCUGUGGGAAUUGGAUUUGUUUCUACCCGAAUAUGGAACACUUAUUUACUCUAUUAUGCAACAGUAAUGGUAUUAAGGAUAGGUGAUAUGUGGGGGGGAAAUAUAACAGUCUGUGCAGAGUCUGCAUUUGCUUAACUUGCUGUAUCUGUAUAGUAAUGAGUACAACUUUGGUUCCUGCUUCCAACUGUGAAAAAUGUGCAGUUAUUUUUAUCUACAUGUACACUGUCUAAUAUGUGGUUAGGCUUGGAGUUCUUCACCAUUGUUCUGUGAUUUUGAAUACCAGCUGUUACUUAUGCCAAAACUAAUAGUCAUGUAUACUUAAAAUACUCAUGUUACUAAAUUAUAAGGUGUUACUGCAAAAAUAGUUCUCCAGUUCCUCUCUAAACAUUUCUUUCCAUAUAACCCUUAAGUUUAACCCUGGGCAAAAUUACUUGGAUAUUAGUAAUUCUCUGUUAGUUUUGUAGUCCAGAGCCUGUAUACAUCAAGUAGAGUGCAGAUUUAGAAGCUGCAUUUUUCUGUUGAGGACAUUUUAAGGAGAUAGUUAAAGAUAAAAACUGAUUCAUGUUUUGUACAAUUACUCUGAAAUGUAGUUUGCAUGAUCACUGGCCAGUCUGUCCUAGGAACUGCAGGUCAAUGCUGCAGAUGGCAAUACCUUUCUCUGUACCUUAGGGACCAAAAGCUGAAUUUCUAGAUAUAUUUAGCAGAUAUAGUUGCCUUUGUAUUCAAUGAAAAUUGCAGUAUUUUGUGUGACACAAUAACUUCAGAUCAUGACUUG